AUGACUCUUGGUAUGUCAAGGGCCAUGGGCGGACCUGGUCUGGGCUGGCAGACGGUGGGCAUCUACUGCGGAGUGCAGUCUGCCGCUGGCGUGGCGGCAGCCGUGUGCUACUCGCUGCUCUUCGGACAAAGCUUCAACCUGGCCCCAUCCAAGGGCUUCUCCUGGUACCACGCCGGUCUUUGCGAGCUGCUGUACACUUUCAUGCUGACCUUUGUCGUCAUGAAUGUGGCUGCUGCCAAGAAGAACGCUACGGAGAAAAAUCAGUACUACGGCAUGGCCAUCGCGUUCACCGUGGUUGCGGGUGCCUACGGUGCCGGCGCCGUGUCGGGCGGCUGCUUCAACCCUGCUGUGGCCUUGGGCAUCGACAUCUCCAGCGCAGGGAUUGGCUUCGGCUGGAGCAUUCUCUACAUCAUCUUUGAGCUGAUGGGAGCUGCCAUGGCUGCUGCACUCUUCAAGGUGGUGCGGCCAGAGGACUUUGGAGGUGAGAAGUCUCAGGUGACUGAGUUGGUGAGCGAGUUCCUGGGAACCUACAUGCUGGUGCUGACUGUCGGCUUGAACGUUUUGGGCAAGUCAAAGGCAGCUGCGUUCUCCAUUGCUGCUGGCCUCACGUCCAUGAUCUAUGCGCUGGGAGACGUCUCCGGCGCUCAUUUCAACCCUGCAGUGACUGUGGCUAUCCUGGCCUCUGGUCGCUGCCCGGAGCUCACUCCAGCCAAGGCCGGUACCUAUGCCGGUGCACAGAUUGCAGGAGGCAUUGCUGCGGCCCUCACCUAUGCCUUCAUCUACCAGGGAGCUACCUUCGAUUUGGGACCAGUCGGGUUCAGCACAUGGGCCGGUGUCUCUGUGGCGGAAAUCGUGUACACCUUCGUCCUGUGCUUUGUGGUGCUUUGCGUGGCGGUGUCUGAGCGCACCAAGGCAUCGCACCUCUUUGGCCUUGCCAUUGGCUCCUGCGUGACUGUCGGCGGCUUCGCCAUCGGCGGCAUCUCGGGCGGAUCCCUGAACCCGGCCGUGUCGUUCGGCAUCGCCACGUCGAAUCUGCUGAACGGCGGAUAUUUCUAUAAGGCGUUGAUCUACACGGUGCUGGAGGUGUUGGGUGGUGUCGCAGCAGCCGGGGUGUUCAUGGUCACGCACCAGGCUGAGGUUGAGAUGGAGGGCAAGGAGGCCAUCCGUGUGGCCAUUUGGGAGUGGCUGAAGCCUCUGGACUUUGGUGUGACCACCACACAUCCAGGACCUUUCCUGAAGAGACAUGCUCAUACCUGUUACAAAGAUAGCAGUGCCUCUGGCUACUUCUUCCAGAAUGUGCUGGGGUGUAUUCUCAUGGCCGCGGUCGCCAGGCACAAAAAGGCGAUGAACCAGCAUUUGGCCACCGGCCUGUCUUCGGGCCUUUGCGGAGCUCUCACGACUUGGGCCACAUGGAUGGGUGAGGUUGCCUCUACCGUGGUAAACGGCAACAUCUUCCAGGCUUUUGUGAGCGUGCUCUGCAUGUUUUGCGUGUCCAUGGCCUCGUAUCGUUUUGGCCACUUCUUGGCUGGCUGCGGAAUGGAGGAAGAGCCAAAAUGCUUCGAUGAGUACUGCGGGCUGCGGAUCCUCUUUUCCAAAGAGGUGGACUCUGUUGAAGAGGGUGGCUCCACGAGCGAUUCUGACGCGGAUGGUGAAGAGCACGAGGAGUGGGGCCUGCAGGUGGAUGUGCCCUCAACCUGGAGAGAGACGCCGAGAGAGGAGGUUUUCUUGAGCAGCGCUGUGCAUUGGGCCAUCGUGGGAAUCGCCUUUGCUUUCGUCGCCACGUUUCUGGGAGUCGCUGCAGGUUACAGAUACUACGCAGGUCUGCUGGAUUUGGCCAUGGGGCCAUUCGGAGCACUUCUUAGAUGGUGGUUGUCGCUAUUCAACAAGCACACAGCUCCAUUUCCCUGCUUCACCCUGAUCGCGAAUACUCUGGGCUGCUUGUGCAAUGCCUUAGCAGGCGUUUACUCAGUCAGAGUCGAUGAUGACUCCCUGGCCCGGUCCGCCUUGACUGCUGUGAGCACGGGCUUCGCCGGCAGCCUCUCCACAGUGUCCACCUUGGUGAGCGAGUUGCGCAGUGACACCUUGGGCGGCCUUCGUGUGCUGGAUGGUUCGACACUGAUUCUGGGCAUCAUUUAUCCGGAGGACGCGCGCCCCGGCAGCAAUGGCGUGCGAGCGCCGGGCUCCUGUCGACUCCUCAUCGCGAAUGUGGGCGACUCUCGCGCAGUCCUUUGCCGUGCCACGGAUCAAGGGGAGGCUGCGCAAGUGCAGUCAUAUCGUCUGUCGGAAGAUCAUAAGCCCAUCGUACCUACAGAGCAGAAGAGGAUCGAGGCCAAGGGUGGCAUCGUGGACCUCCAGGGGGUGUGGCGCGUUUUCACACCUGGCCCGGCCAACUUUGGUGGCAAGCACAUUGCCCGCUGGGGUUUGGCAGUGUCUAGGGCAUUCGGCGACGUCCUCUUGAAGGAGCCAGAGAGGUAUGGCUGCAUGGGAGUGUUGCCCGGGGGGCUGAUCUCGGCCAUGCCAGAGAUCCGGGUGGUGGACCUGGAACCUUCGCAGGACGGCGAGCCGGAGAUGUCACAAGAGAACUUGGACUACUUGGCCACCACCUUGGAGGGCCUGAAGAAGAGUCUCCGUUAUCAGGCUUUCGACAACCGAAAGCCCUGGAUGGAUGAAGAAGGGCGUUUGAUAUGGUCCCCAUUCCGGGUAAAGCUCGCCAAGAUCGUGUUCUCUCAGUACUUCGAGACCGCCAUGGGUAUCAUCAUUGUGGGCAAUUUAUGUCUCAUCAUGUUUGAAGCAGACCAUGAUGCCAGAUGUUACCCUGCCUAUGAUGGCAGGAUGUCAGAGUGUCCGUUUAGAAGCGAUACUGUGUCCUGGAUUAGCGUCCUCAAUGCCAUUUUGCUGGUCCUGUACUCCCUUGAGUGCGGCGUGCGCUUUUUCGUGGAGCGCACCCUUUUCUUCUGUAACACAUGGAACAUGAUAGACCUGCUGAUUGUUUGCCUGGGAUGGAUCAGCUACGGACUGGCCUCAGUGGUGAAUCUAAGCCUGCUGCGACUGUCGAGGCUUGUCCGGGUUCUGCGCGCAGUCCGGGUCUUCAUCUCUGUGCCAGAGUUCUAUUUAUUGAUCACAGGGCUUUACUCCUCGAUCAAGGCCAUCAUUUUUGGUUCCAUGAUGCUUCUGAGCUUUAUCCUUUUCUGGGCCGUGAUCACCGUGGAACUGCUGCAUCCUCUCACCUCCAGCUUGACCUACUCGGAGUGCGAACGCUGCAGUAGAGGCUUCGCUAGCGUGGCCACCGCGGGGGUGACCCUCUUCCAACAGAUCGUGGCAGGAGAUUCCUGGGGGGCGAUCUCCAUUCCUCUAGUGGAGGCAUUCCCCUGGACGGGACCCAUGCUCUUCAUCAUCAUGAUGACCAUCUCUAUGGGGAUUAUGAAUCUUAUCCUCGCCGUCAUAGUGGAGCGGGCGGCUGAGGCCAGGGAGAACGACCACGAGGCCAAGAUCAGGAAGAAGGAUCAGGAGAGGAGCAAGAACAUGAUCGAUUUGGCUGUGCUUUGCGCAUCCAUGGACAAGAACAACAACGGGUUGCUCUCCUUGGAUGAGAUGGAAAGUGGCUACGACCAGCUGGAGGCCUUUCGGAAGCUCAUGCAACAGAUGGAUAUCAAGCGGGAUGAGAUGCAGGUUAUUUUCAAUGUCCUGGAUUCGGACAAUUCGGGUGAGGUGUCGUAUUUGGAGUUCUGCCAGAACUUGGGAAGCUUCCUGAAGCGAGAUCCAGUGAUCAUGCAUUCCCUGGUGCAGUGCUCAGUGCUUGAGUUGCGGAAGAUGAUCCGGGAGGAGGUCGCGGAUGUGAUGCACACACACCACCAAGAGGUGAUUGAUGGCCAGAACCGGAUCUUGGUAGCACUGGGCUUGGAGCCCCAAUCGCCCAGGACGAUGACAAGUACCAGGACGAGUACCGUGGGCCGUUCCCGUCAGAAAGCCUUUGCGCGGCAAACCAGUCCAACCCGAGCAGGGCGGGAGUCGCGCCACUCCAGUCCGGCAACCACCCAGAGGGCAACCAGCCCGAAGGCUUCAUCAACUCACGUGCAGGCGUUGCAGAAGGUGGAAUCGGAGCUGCAAGUCUUGCUGGAGAAGGCGGACAAGAUGGUAGCGACGGUGGGAACUGACAUCCCAAGUCCAAGAUUGCCCGAGGUGGAGAGUGCAUCUAUACCGGAAGAGCUUAUUUCAGACGAGCAACUCGAAGAUUUGUGGGAAGGACUCCAAGAUUUGUCAGAGGGGUUUGAACAGAGAGCGAAGGACGCGACACUGUUGCAGAACAAGACAUCCGAGCUGGCUGCUGCUUUAAAGCAAAACUUAAGGGAAAGACGGAACAGCGAUGGUCUAAGAUCAGACGACUCGAGCGAAUUCGCUAUUCGACUGUUUAAAGUCUAG